UGUAGAAGCGGCAUCGUCGUAAAUAAACCACUCGCAGGACCAUACGCCGUAUAAGGAGAGACACGCUUCAAGAACCGGUGUAUCGACAAAGUAUCUGCGUCAAUAUGGGUUUCAUAACAGUGCUUGGUGUACUUGCCUUGCUGUCUUCAACGAGAGCCGCAAUGUUUCCCAAGACUGGUGCUCCAUGUGACUUCACGGACGUCACCGUAGACGACGAAGUAGUUUCCAGGCUGAUCGCCAGGCUUCCAGAGGGUAUGGAGUCAGGCCCGCAGGAUUACCGCCCAAUUUUCCCUGGCCUCCAAGUCGGUGGGAUCACUGUUCACGGUUUAAGCAAGUUGCGCCAGUUUGGGCCCGUCAUUCCCUACUGCACCAACGGAAGUCGCAUGGUCCAAGUCGAAAUCUACAGCGACGGCGAGACGCAUUUCCUGGCACCGUGGAAGACUUGCUCGGGCGAUAGUGGACACAUUAAAUUUGAUGCAUCACUUACGCGGUUUACCUUCCAGUUUCGCGUAACCGAGUCCACAGCUGCUGGCGUCAAGCUGGAAUUUGAUCGCGCACUUCCGGUUGUUACGCAGGGUGUCCGCAUCUUUGUCGACGGGGCUGCGCCUGCGAUUAGGGCCACUGUCGAAGUUCUGAGUGCACUUUUGCCAGCUUUCACGGAACAUCUGUUUAGCUCACAAUUUUCGCAAAAUGUCAGCAAGGCAUUCCAACUGACGAACCAGUGAAGCGUGCGGAAGAAAAAAAAAGUUGACGAUGACAGUAAGUCGAAAUGCUUGUUCAACACCAAAUCACUGCAACCUCCUGAUAAUCACACACUUUAAAAAACGGGGCGUAAUUUGACUCUUUUUAGCUACUCAUAUGACACUUACGUGCAUACAUCUCUUUUAGAGAGAAGCAGUGACACUUUUUAGGUGAGUUGCAGGGUGUAAUGGCCUCUUCAAGAAAGCACGGUAACUCUAUUCUAUUCUAGUUAGCGACUCUUAAGAGAUAACGACUCUUUCAGGGGAAUAAUGUGCCCCAUGAAUCAUUCCAAUAAAGGUCUAAAUGACUCUACAAAACGUAGUUGUGCGUAGGAGUCACAUAUGUAGCAAAAAGAAUCACAAGACACUUUUUUUCCUUGAGUGCAUGUUGCGAAGACAUAUCCCUGUGGCAAGACAAAGUAUAAAGAUGCCUUCAAUAAAUGAGUUUUAUAAUGUG